AUGUCUUCGUCCACCAGUUCCGCAAAUCAAAAUAUCCUACUAACACCCUCUUCAAACCUAAUAAAAAGUGGCCAAAUCCUCAACCCCGACAAAUUGCCCCGCCCCAUAAUCUUCCUCUCCGGCACCACAAAUUACAACAAAGAUGAAACGCGCUGGCAACAAACUCUAGCCGAUGCUCUGUUCACCCCAUUGUCCACCACUUCUACAUCUACUAGCAACAAUACUAACCAUUCAAACCCCAUCACAAUAAUCGAUCCCUUCAACCCCGCCUGGGACUCCACGUGGCGCGAAGCGACCUCAGAUGAAAAAUUCGUCACACAGGUGGAUUUCGAACUUCAGGCGUUGGAGUUGGCGGAUAUUGUGGUGGUGGGGCUCAUAGGGGAGGAUGUUCAAGCUGGGAAGAUAGGAGCGGGAGGCACGGCGUUGGUGGAGCUUGGGGUGGCGAUGAAGAGGGGGGAGAAGAAGGGAAUUAAGGUGCUUGUUUGUGUGGAAGGGGGUUUUUGGAAGGAGGCGUAUGUGGCGGUUUUGUGUGAGAGGUUUGGGGUGGAGCGUUUUGGGGAUUUGAUGGCGCUGGUUCGGGGGUUGCAGUGGGAGGUGGAUUGUUGGGGGAUGGACGGAUCAGAUUAG